AUGUUUUCAGAAGAAGAAUUGCUCAGCAGGAUUGAGGAGCUAGAACUCACCAUUGACGAAAUAAGAGAUGAACAUGAACUCCAACUGGAGAAAAUAACGAAACAGCUGAAAGAAGAGGAAAAUAUAAGAAAAUAUGAGCUCAUCGAAAAGAAGAUCCACCGAGUAGCAAUGAUUUGUGAGAAAAAUAGGCAAGAUUACUGUCAGGCAAGAGAAAGCUACACACAAGAAAGAAAACGCGCAGAAGAGCUAGAGCAGAAGAACAAGGAACUGAUGAAGCGUCUCUCAGGUGUGCUAAAAACCGCGGAGACGCUGUACAACGAGCGAACAGUGCUUCAAAACGAGCUGAAGAACAGUCUUACUCGAUCGCAAACAAUGAUUGAACAUUCCACUGCCGCAAUCUCGAGCAAAUCAUCAACGCGAAGAACUUCCAUGGCAAACUCAGAUGCUACAAUCACAUCGGAAACAUUCCGCUCUAGGACAGAUUCAGCAAUUCAGAUUCUUCCUAUACAAAAUUACAAUAAUCAGAUCAAGGAGAAAGGAAGCUACAAGAUGUCCGAUUUCAAAUUCGUGUUCCAAAUGCUCAAGCAUUUGAAGGGAAAUCAAUGUUUUUCACCCGUUAAUAUUUCACAUGCACUCGGAAUGGUGAUGCUUGGCACUACGGACGAGACCAGAGACGAGUUGGCAACUGUUCUCGGUCGAGGCGAUCAUGCUCAGACGCAUUCAGUCCUACAGAAGGCUCUUGACUCGAUGAAAUCUAAAGAAGUGGCUAACAUCGCUGCUAAACUCUUUAUCCAGCGAGGAUUUGAAGUCAAAACGCCAUUCCAAGAGGCAUGCCUCGAAAAAUACGGUGCCGGAGCUGAAAAAGUCGAUUUCGCCGACCCAGAAGCGUCAGUUGGAACAAUUAACAAAUGGGUCGCUGGGGAGACAAAGGAAAUGAUCAAAGAUUUGCUUUCUGCUUCUGACGUCGAUGCAAACACCAUGAUUGCACUUUGCUCCGCUCUUCACUUCAAGGGAUCUUGGGAGUAUCCCUUCGAUGCUCCUUUUGAAGAUAACUUCCAUCUCUCUGAGAGCGAAACAGUUAAGACUCAGCUGAUGCAGAAAAAGCACAGAUUUGCGUUUAACUACUCGGGAGAGCUGGAAGCACAAGUCGUUGAGCUUCCAUAUUCAAAUGGAGCUUCAAUGCUUCUUGUCGUCCCACAAUACAUUGGUGGACUCGACGGAAUCGAAGCAAAGAUCACUCCCGAAGUCGUCGAUGAUCUUGUCAGAAAUCUCGACAGAUCUGGCGGAGAUGAAGUUCUGGUGAAAAUGCCAAAGUUCGAGCUUGAAGUUGGCAUGAACUUGAAGGACACUCUUGAGAAAUGCGGACUCACGCGAAUCUUCAACCCCGAGGUGAACCCACUUUCUGAAAUGACGCACGCGGGACUUCACAUUGGCGCCGCCGUUCACAAAGUUAAAAUCAUCGUCGACGAGCAAGGAACAGAAGCUGCUGCUGCCACUGGGAUGAUCGGCAUGAUGAGAAUGAUGCCGAUGAUGCCAAUCCUAAUCGAAGCCAACAAACCAUUCCUAUUUUUCAUCCGAUACGAAGGAGAGACCGUUUUUGCUGGACGAUUCUCCUCGCCUAAUUAG